AGCCAAGACGCCUACCGAAAUCUGUUCCAUUUUUAAAAAGCGCGCGUAACAUUCCAAUUUAGUUUUUUUCCGAAAUGCAUCUUAGAUUGUAUAUAUUUUUCGGCCAAUUUUUGUGGCUCGUUUCCGUCCUUAAUGGAAAAAGUUUUCAAGGCGUUCCUGGAUAUGGCAGGAACUUGUUGAUCAAAGCGAUACCGGCAAUCGAAGAUUACCAAAGUAACAUUUAUGAAGUGUUCAUGGAACCUUAUUUAUACGAACUCGGCUCCUCUUUUCCUCUUGGAAGCGAACGUUCUGAUAAACAAAUAGAAUUUCCUGUUGUGCCUCAACCAGCACCUGGCUUACGAGCUAUUGCGCAAUUACAACCUGAUGAAGAGUCAGGAGUAGGAGGCGAGUUGAUAUUCACUCAAAUCUUACCUAACGGUCCGGUAACGAUCGAAGGAAAUGUGACCGGACUGUCGCCUGGUCUACACGGACUUCAUGUGCAUCAAGCUGGUUCUAUAAAAGAUAAUUGCAAAGAAAUCGGGCCACACUUCAUAGCUUACUAUGGUCGUCAUGGCGGACCACGCGAUCAAAUUCGUCACGUCGGCGACCUCGGCAACAUCAAGGCUGAAGAAGGAGAAACACUCAAGGUCAAAAUCGUGGACCACUUGAUUUCUUUAGCUGGCCCACGCUCAGUGGUUGGCAGGUCGAUCGCCAUAUCAAAGAGUGAAGAUGAUUACGGCCGAGCGGGCACGGAGGACAGCGCUCUGACUGGCACUUCUGGGCCAGCUAUUGCUUGCGGAAUUAUUGGCUAUUUAAACUAAUCCAUACAACAAUUCUAAAUACCAAUAUUUUUUUUUAUUAUUUUGU